AUGGCCAAGAAAACCACCCUCGCCGAGUUCGAAUCCGUCUUCCCCAAGCUCGAGGAGGUACUCGUCGAGCAUGCGCAAAAGUACAAGCUCCCCAAGGAGGAGCUGUUGUGGUACAAGAAGUCCCUCGAAGUCAACACCCUCGGCGGAAAAUGCAACCGCGGCAUGUCCGUUCCCGACUCCGUCUCCCUCCUGCUUGGCAAGCCUCUCUCUGAGGAAGAAUACUUCCAGGCCGCAACCCUCGGCUGGAUGACGGAGCUCCUCCAGGCCUUCUUCCUCGUCUCGGAUGACAUGAUGGACGGCUCCAUCACCCGCCGCGGCAAGCCCUGCUGGUACCGCCACGAGGGCGUCGGCAACAUCGCCAUCAACGACUCCUUCAUGCUCGAGGCUGCGAUCUACACCCUCCUCAAGCGCUUCUUCCGUGAGCACGCCUCCUACGUUGACCUCAUCGAGCUCUUCCACGAGGUCACCUUCCAGACCGAGCUCGGCCAGCUCUGCGACCUCCUCACCGCCCCCGAGGAGCAGGUCAACCUCGACAACUUCUCCAUGGAGAAGUACCGCUUCAUCGUCAUCUACAAGACCGCCUACUACUCCUUUUACCUCCCCGUCGCCCUCGCCCUCCACUGCCUCAACAUCGCCACCCCCAAGAACCUCAAGCAGGCCGAGGACAUCCUCAUCCCCCUCGGCGAGUACUUCCAGAUCCAGGACGACUACCUCGACAACUUUGGUCUGCCCGAGCACAUUGGCAAGAUCGGCACCGACAUCCAGGACAACAAGUGCAGCUGGCUCGUCAACCAGGCCCUGCAGCUCGCUACCCCCGAGCAGCGCCAGAUCCUCGAGGAGAACUACGGCCAGAAGGACAAGGAGAAGGAGGCCGUCAUCAAGAAGCUCUACGACGACAUGAAGCUCAAGGAGCGCUUCGAGGAGUUUGAGGAGAAGCGCGCCACCGAAAUCAAGGACAUGAUCAACAACAUUGACGAGAGUGAGGGCCUCAAGAAGGGCAUCUUCGAGGCCUUCCUGGCCAAGAUCUACAAGCGCAGCAAGUAA